ACCAAAUUUUACGGGAAACAAAAUACUAUAGCUAGAACAAGAUAUACUAAAAAAAAACAUUAGAAUGGGAACGUUCUUAGGACACUUUGUGCCUGGUCUCUCACUUGCACUUCUUGGUCUUUGGCAUCUCUUCAAUACCAUAAGAUCUUAUUGUCUUAAAGGACCUGAAAAUUUCUCAGCAAGAUUCUGGUUCCCUUUCCCUAAAUUCAAGCAUCUCGAACUUAUCUCCAUUCUCUUUUUCUCCCUCUUUGCCAUCAUUCUCCUAACCUUAGAUUUCCCUAAUUUCAACAUCUCCUCUUUUAAACCAGACAACCUAGAACACGCUUCCAUGUUCCUCCACCUCAUCAUCUUCGCGUGUUUUGCUUUGUUCUGUGAGCUAACUCUUUGCUCAGAUCUCUUCUCCGGUUUAAUCGGAAUCCUCUCUGCUUCUGUCUUCGCUCAAGAACUCUUCCUCCUUCAUUUUCACUCCACUGAUCAUUUAGGUCUUGAAGGUCACUACCAUUUCCUUCUCCAACUCAUUGCUUUCGUCUCCUUCUCUUCAGCUCUAGCUUCUGCGUCAUUCCCUAAAUCAUUUUCCGCGGCUCUAGUCCUCUCGGUUUCGGUUAUGUUUCAGGGAUGUUGGUUCUUAAACAUGGGUUUCAUGCUUUGGGUUCCAGGGUAUGUUCCUAAAGGUUGCGUGAGCAACACGUCAGCAUCUUUGGACAAUAAUAGAAGAAGUGUUGUUCAUAGUAGUGCAGUGGCUUGUGAGACUCCUGGUGCUGAGAUUAGGGCAAAAGCGUUGGCCAAUCUUCAAUUUAGUUGGACUCUGUCUGCUAUAUUGAUCAUUACUUGUGCCUUGUGCUUCAAGUUUUCUGGCAAAGUUUUGUUGCCUAAAAUUAGGUCUUCGUCGGAGUACGAGCGUCUUUUCCGGCAAGGAAGUGAUCGUUCUGCAGCAGCCACGGUGGAAGUAUCGGCCAGUUCCGAUCAACAAUAGAUUUCCCUUAAUAUGAUGUAUUGAUGUAAUAAGUAGAUAUAUAAUACACAAUAAGUAGCCCUAAUAAUUACUACAUAUUUACAAGAGAGGAAAGAGUGUAACGCACUGAAAAAAAAGUGAACUCUUUCGCGUGCUCUAUGAAGUAAAAGCAUUUGCAUAGCAACAAUUUAGUAACCGAUCUCACUGUUUAA